GAUGUUGCUGUUGAAGCAUCAAUCGCUGAUACAGGCGAGCAAGCAUCCGCAAUUGCAUGGGAUGUCGCGUUGGGAAAUUGGCAAAAGGCUGCCAGGGAAGCCAGAGAUCUUGCGAAGCACUUCGGCAGCCAAGAUGUUGACUCGGAAGAAAUGAAACUGAAGGCUUACGAGCAAUACCUGCAUGUGAAGCACAUGCUGCAAAAUGCCUACAACGAAGCCUUGCGAGCAGAACCUGGAGGCGACGAGAAAAAAGAGCUUGGGGAAGCGAAGGAAAAGCUACACAAAUCGUACGACGAAGCGAGCAGCGCACUGGACGCAGCCGCUACAGCUGCAAAGAUUAUAAUUAAGAAACUUCUGAAAUCAGGAUCCGAAUAUGGUUCGCUUCACGUUUCAUUAAUCAAAAUUGAAAGAAUAAUAAGGGAUGCUAUGGAAAGAGAAAGUGGCGUAAUUUAA